AUGAGAGCUGUAAGCCGUAUGGACUACACCGAGAUCAGCGUGGAUACCAAAUUCCACAGACACCUGAUUGGAAAAGGAGGUGUCAACAUCAACCGCAUCAAAGAACUGCACAAGGUGACUGUCCGCAUCCCCCCUGACAACGAGAAAAGCAACCUGAUCCGUAUUGAGGGGGAUCCCCAGGGUGUCCAGGAAGCCAAGAAGGAGCUGCUUGAGCUGGCGUCUCGCAUGGAAAACGAGCGUACAAAGGACCUGAUCAUUGAACAGCGUUUUCAUCGAGCCAUCAUUGGCCAAAAAGGGGAAAAUAUUAAAGAAGUGCGCGACAAAUUCCCUGAGGUCAUCAUCAAUUUCCCCGACCCAGCACAGAAAAGUGACAUCGUUCAACUGAGGGGCCCCCGAAAUGAGGUGGAAAAAUGUGCAAAGUUCAUGCAGAAGAUAGUGGCUGAGAUGGUGGAGAACGGCUUUUCUCUCUCAGUCCCCAUCUUCAAGCAGUUCCACAGAAACAUAAUUGGAAAAGGAGGAUCAAAUAUCAAGAAGAUUAGAGAGGAAACUAACACAAAGAUUGACCUGCCAGCUGAGAACAGCAACUCAGAGAUGAUCGUCAUCACGGGCAAGAAGGCAAACUGUGAGGUUGCACGGACUCGCAUCUUGGCCAUUCAGAAAGAACUGGCUAACAUCACUGAGCUCGAGGUGUCCAUUCCCUCCAAGCUGCACAACUCCUUGAUUGGGUCGAAGGGCCGCUUUGUGCGCUCCAUCAUGGAGGAGUGUGGCGGUGUGCACAUCCACUUUCCCACCGAGGGCUCAGGGAUUGAUAAGGUCACCAUCAGAGGACCUGUAGAAGAGGUGGAGAAAGCCAAGCAGCAACUGCUGGCCUUGGCAGAGGAGAAGGCCCGCUGUACCAGCCCAACGACAAGGAGUGCCACAACCGACCACCACGAGGAGAGGCGGGUGCCAGCGCUCGCGGCCGAUCCGGCAGCGGCGAAAAUACCACCAAGUUCCUGCAUAGGGAACAGUGGUGGAAACACCAUCCGCUCCAAGGUUCGUGAGCAGCACCGGUGGGGCCCGCCAGGAAUCCAUUCCGCCCCACCAUGGGGACAAAAAGAGACCCGAGGAGCGGUCUCACUCCAGGGGCGUGGUCGGCAACCCCUUGAAGAAAGCCCCGUUGGCGGGAUGACACAAGAGGGGGCGGAGGGGCGUCAUCAAGAAGUCGGUAAAAAGGCCUCAGAAAUCGAAUUCUGA